GCGCUUUUGGCUCCAGCGUGUGGCGCGGCGGGCAGGGGUCGGGCUGCGGCGCAGUCACCGGUAAUUUUGUGCUUCCAAAAUGGGACAUAAAGUGGUUGUAUUCGACAUUUCUGUCAUCAGAGGCUUGUGGGAGACACGUGUCAAGAAGCACAAAGCUUGGCAGAAGAAGGAGGCAGAAAGACUCGAGAAAAGCGCAUUGAAAAAGAUCAAGGAGGAGUGGGACUUCGUGGCGGAGUGCCGGAGGAAAGGCGUGCCCCAGGCGGCGUACUGCAGGAAUGGCUUCGUGGACACCAGCGCGAGGCUGCUGGAGAAGCUGGAGAAGAGCUCCCUCCUACGGCAGAGCUCACCUUCCCGGGACAGGGGCAAAGGGAGCAGCGCGUUUGUGUUUGAACUUUCGGGGGAGCACUGGACGGAGCUCCCAGAUUCCUUGAAGGAGCAGACACACCUGAAAGAAUGGCACAUCAACAAUACUCUGAUUCAAACCAUUCCGACCUAUAUCGAGCUCUUCCAGGCGAUGAGAAUUCUGGAUCUGCCAAAAAACCAAAUCUCCCACCUUCCGGCUGAAAUUGGCUGUCUGAAGAGCCUGAAGGAGCUCAACGUGAGGUUCAACCGCCUGCAGAGCAUCCCUCCAGAACUGGGGGACUGUGAGAAUCUAGAGAAACUGGAUUGUUCUGGAAAUCUAGAGUUAGCGGAGCUCCCCUUUGAAUUAAGUAAUUUGAAGCAAGUUACAUUCGUAGAUAUCUCAGCAAACAAGUUUUCCAGUGUCCCGAUCUGUGUCCUGAGGAUGUCUAGCUUGCAGUGGUUGGAUAUCAGCAACAAUAGCCUGAGUGACCUGCCGCAAGAUAUAGACAGGCUAGAAGAACUGCAGACAUUUCUCCUGUACAAGAACAAGCUCACCUAUCUUCCUCACGCCCUGCUGAACUUGAAGAAGCUCACCCUGUUAGUCGUCAGCGGGGAUGACUUGGUGGAGCUCCCGACUGCCCUUUGCGACUCGUCCACGCCGUUAAAAUUUGUAAACCUUAUGGACAAUCCUAUUGCUAAUACCCAGUGCCAAGAUGGUGACGAAAUGAGGGAAAGUGAGCAAGAUCGCCAACAUUUUGAUAAAGAAGUUAUGAAAGCCUAUAUUGAAGAUCUUAAAGAAAGAGAAUCUGUUCCCAGCUAUACCACCAAAGUGUCUUUCAGCCUUCAGCUUUGACACCAUCCAUCAGAAGACUGCAGAAUUUCCCUGUCCAGGCAGCUGCAAAUCUUUAUGUUGUGGGUCAGGUCAUCCAGGUCUGAUGGCUUGAAGUCUAGAAACCACAGUCCUAAUUGUUCAGAAAAAUGAUUUUCAAAUUUCAAAUGUAUGAAUACGUCUCUCUGUGGGCUGAGGAAUUGAUAAAUGGGUUUGUACAUCGAUAUUUAAAGAUUUAUUUGCAUACACUUGUUUCCAAAUGAUUCACAUUUAAUAGUUCAGAAUGUAUUAUUUUUUAAAAUUGUAACUUAGACCAAAUCCUGAAGUUGAUCAUACUGUUUUCAGGAGUCAAGGGAUAAGGAGGUUGUGAAAAGAGCAUCUGUAUUGGACGUGUCAUUUAUUUUCUUUUGAGAUUUCGAAGGAGUUUUAAUGCAUUAUUUCUUUUACUGAGAAUAAUUGUCCUUGGGUUUAUACAAAUUGCUAUUUCCAUAUGUUUUAAAUUAAAUUUUGCAAGGGUGGGCUCUCAGGAGAGACCUUAGGUAUAAUCUGGGCCUUGAAGGUAGAAAGAAGGGCUGGGAUGUCAGCCCAUGCAUUGGGCACAGGGCGCUCAGGUGGCACGCUGGCAGCCGUAGCGGAGGAAGGGUGGGCGUGGUGGUCACGGGAAGCCUUGCAUGGCCUGUGUGGAUGGUCAUCUUGCCCUGAGUGGGCACCUCAGAGUCCUGGAACUCACCUGAGAGCAGGGAGCAGAAGCAGUGCCCUGAGGGACCCCCUCUAGGGUGAUCAGAUAUUGUCGUUGGGAUGACUGACCCACAUUGGUGAGGAGUCCCUGGCAGGUUUCCUUGAGGGGCCACAGGAGAGCUCUGCCCAUGGCCCAGAUGCCAUGGCCCAGAGGGAGCUCAUGAGACUGUGCUGUACAUCGACAAAGAUGGGGUUCCUCCGGGGCUCUCCCAUCAUAUCAUGGAGAAAUUGCACAACUAUCUUCCUUUAUACUACCGUCUCGGGCUCAAAUAAACAGUAUUGUGCACAUAUUCACAUAGAUUUAUAUACGAAUUUGCUCCCAGGUGAUCUAGCCCAGUACUGUCCAAUAGACCUUCCUGCAGUGACGGUCAUCUUUUGUGUCCGUGUGUCCAGCAUCAUGAGCACUUGAUCAUUGACGGGUGUGACUGAAGAACUAAAAUUUAAAUUUAAUUUAAAUGGAAACAGCCAGUGGUGGCUACCAUAUUGGAUAGUGUGGGUCUACCCAGUUGGGUUCUUUGGACGUUAAUCUGGGCUAAAAAUAAAGUGACUUUGAUUUUAUCUGAAAAAUCAGUUUGUCCCCAGAGGCAUGCAUUUAAAAAAGGUUCCUAUGGACACCCCGCUAUCUUGUCUUGAUAGGCCUAAUCCUAAGUCCAAAUAAUUCAUCCUCAGCAUAUGGAAGGCAGGCAGAGCACGCUACACCCACACUCAAGGGUAGCUUCGACCAAAAGACAAACUCUGAGAAGUAGGUGAAGAGACGAAAAAAAUAGGAAAAUGAGAAAUCACUGUACUAGGAUCUCAAACAAUUGUAUUUUUCUUUGUAACCCUUUAACAGUGUAAUUCAAAUUUAUUAGUUGUACUACUUGAAUGAUUUUGGAAUUUUAUUUCAUGCCAAGGUUAUGCUAUAUAUAGUCAGAUAGAAGAUAUAUCUGAAAGGGAGGAAAUGGGACUUUCAUACAAGCUGACUGUUCAGAACUUAUGUCAAUUUUAUCUCAAUAAAACCAGUCUUUUGUGCAAAAAUCU